AUGGGCCUCAAACGCAAAGCCCUGGUGCUCGAAGAUUUAGACACGCCAAUAUACAACUUCGGAGAACCGAACACAGGCAUUAGCUCCUUUUCGUCCCCAUCAUCCACCGAUACUACGCAUUCGGUUACCGACGACGGUCAUGCUUCGUAUCCUUUGAAGUCCUGCAGAAUCGACAGCGUUCCCUAUUUCAAUUGCCGAACGCGCAAGCGACACCGCGACGGCCGGCCGGACGAGGCGACGAUCCACGAACACACAUUGAAGCAACUGUACGAUGCGCAGAGGCUGCAUUUGGACGAAACGAUGCAUCUUCCGGAGGAGGACAUGAUAUCGGUAGACGGACUGCAUGGCGACUAUGACCGUGCCGACGCAGAUUCGGACGCGGAUAUGCUCGACGAUGAACAACCGAUGCUUGUUGAGCUUCCGCAGGCCACGCAGCCAAACCAGAAGACGCUGGACGCAUUCUUUGGCCGGAGAGAAACCCACAGGGCUACCACGAUCUCUCAACAACAAUUUCAAGCGGCAAGACCAAACUCCGAGCAUAAUAACGGUCACACAAUAACGACUACCCCCGACGACUCGAUGUACGCCCAAGACCAGCAUCAGAGCCAGAAUCAAACCCGUGUGGAGCCGAGACUAUCCUACGAUCGCCGCGAGAUUCCGGAGCCAUCUAUGGGAUAUAUGAACUGGAGGAGUCAAUCUUUGCAAUACCUAGAUGCUGUGAUGGGCUUCCAGUAA